AUGAUGGCACCUCGUCGCGCCUCGUCACGCCUCGUCCCCGCCUUCGCGCUCGUCGCGCUCCUCUGCUUUGCGCGCAUCGAUCACGCCGCGUGCAAUGCGCGCUCGUUCGGCCUUCCGCGUUUCGGGGGAAGGCUCGGCGGCUUGGUGGGAGGGUCGGGGACAGGCGGCAUCUGGUCCUACUUCCGCCCCCCUGGGACCAGCGGCGCCGGGGGAAGUGGCGCGACGAGUGGCGGGCAGAGCGGGCAGAGCGGGUUUGGCUCGCAAGGAGAUGGCGGAAUGAGCGGACAACCGAGUAGUACGGGCGGAGGAGACAUGGGCGGAGGAGCCAUGGGCGGAAGAGCCAUGGGCGGAGGAGGAUUGGGCGGAGGAGGCAUGGGCGGGGGAGGCAUGGGCGGAGGAGGCAUGGGCGGAGGAGGCAUGGGCGGAGGAGGCAUGGGCGGACCUGGCACGGGGGGAGGAGGCAUGGGCGGAGGAGGCAUGGACGGAGGAGGCAUGGGCGGAGGGGGCAUGGGCGGAGGGGGCAUGGGCGGGGGAGGCAUGGGCGGAGGGGGCAUGGGCGGGGGAGGCAUGGGCGGAGGGGGCAUGGGCGGAGGGGGCAUGGGCGGGGGAGGCAUGGGCGGAGGGGGCAUGGGCGGGGGAGGCAUGGGCGGAGGGGGCAUGGGCGGAGGAGGCAUGGGCGGAGGGGGCAUGGGCGGAGGAGGCAUGGGCGGAGGGGGCAUGGGCGGAGGAGGCAUGGGCGGAGGGGGCAUGGGCGGAGGGGGGAUGGGUGGCGGGUCAUCGGGUGGGAGUACGUGUGGCAACAGCAGCAGCAGCAGGAGCGCCAAGCUCACGAGCAGCAACGGCAAGAGGGUGAUGGCAAGCAACGGGUGUCCGGGGUACGAGUGGCGAGUGCAGGGCACGGUGAACACGCCAGUGCAGCAGACUCUCUCCUUGUCUGUGCCGCUCGCCCCCACGCUCGCCUCCUCUGCCAUUCCUGUCUCCGUGGGCGGCUGCAAGAUGGGGCCCAUCGGCUUUGCCCUCAACGGCGUGCCCUUCUACAGCUGGCCUCUGCUGGAUUUUUCUGUCAGUGUCUGUGCCCCCAUCACUCACGCUACAUCCCCCUAUCCCACCCUGCCUGUCCUCCUGUCCUGCCCUCCUGCCCGCAGUGCAUGCGACGCGCAGGGGCGGGACGCGUUGAAGUAUGAGGGGCCGAGUUUCGACACGUGUGGGGGGCACCCGUCUCCCUUCGGCCAGUACCACUACCACGUCGCGCCUGGCGUGGCCAACCCCUCUGCCAUCUCCACCUCUCGCACCACCGACUUCCAGCUCUGCUCCGCCUCCUUCUGGCAGGACACCCCGGGCGAGCACUCCCCACUGGUGGGCUUCCUGGCGGACGGCAUUCCCCUCUACGGCCCGCGCGGAGCAGGGGGAGAGCUGCCCUCGGGGGUGGACGAGUGCGGGGGGCACGUGGGAGACGGCAGUGCGGGCGAGCCGGCGUUCUACCACUACCACGCCAGCAGCACCGCGCCCUACACCGUGGCGUGCCUCAAGGGCUGCGUCUCCUCCUCUGACUGGGGCAUCCUCGGCUCUGCUUCCUGCACCCAGGCCACCAAGCAAUACGACUACUCAUCCCUGGCAGCAGUGCAAGCAGCAUAG